AUGGUAGAGAAGCCACUCGAACCUACCUCUAUCUUACUGCGAACUUUAACUAAUGAAACGACAAGAAACCAUAUCAAACAAGUUGCAGCUGCUCUGAGACAACCUUUCUCCAACAGGUUUGAAGAUUCCCGCUUGAGAAUCUCGAUUAAUGCCCUAUGUAAAUUAGGCAGAGCAGACAAUGCUGCAAAUCUAUUGCAACGUUUGAUUGCCAACGAACUCACCACUGAUGUGAGAUUGUGUUCGCUGAUAUUGUCUUUCCUCUGCAAGGAGGAGCAGAGUAGAAUCGACGCUUUCGGGUUCUUGGAAGAAAUGAGAAAGUUGGCAUUUUUUCCUGGGUUAAUGGAUUACACUAAUGUGAUAAAAUAUCUGGUGAAGAUUGGUAGAGGAAAGGAUGCUUUAGUUGCUCUGAAUCAGAUGAAGCUCGAUGAGAUUAAGCCCGACAUUGCCUGUUACACCUCGAUUUUAGGAGGGGUUAUCAAGUAAGAGGACUAUGAGAGAGCUGAGAAGGUAUUCGACGAAUUGCUUGUGUUGGGUUUGGUUCCGGAUAUUGGUACUUUCCAUUUAUAUAUUGGUGGCCACUGUAAGCAGAAUCGCAUUGAAGAUUCCAUAUGUAUUGUGGUUAUGGAUGAGUUGGGUUGCAGACCAAAUGAGACUACCUACGAGAUCAUAUUCGGGGCAUUGUGCAUGGGAGGAGAGUUGGGACGGGCAAGCCAGCUCAGAAAGGAGAUACAAAAUAAGGGUCUCAGGCUGAGCUUGAGGAUGUAUCUGACUCUUGUUCAAGGUUUUGUCGAUCUAUUAGAGGAGGCUGUGGAUAAAAGUUAUACGUAUGGGGAGUUCUGAAACCUGUUUAUUUGGACAAGCUUAUAGUAAAUGAACCUGUUUGCAGAUAUUAUAUAAAAAAUCAAGUGAACAAUACGAAAAUUAGGCUGCACCGACAGUCCUAAGCCUAUCCAAUGACAAAGCAAACUUAUUAAAUUUCCAUUAGGCUUAUACGGGCUCGGGCCCAUAUCCACUUAAAAGCUCAAGCUGAUAAGUGGUGGUACCCAAGCCAUAUAUUAACCCAUGGAUUUUCCUUUUCUUUUCCGAUGUGGGAUUUAUCCCAUUUUACUCCUCAACACCCGCCCUCACGUGCAAUGUGUGGUUUAUUUCUACCUACACGUUGUCAAAACUAAAAUACUCUAAGUUUUCUUGAUCAAGGCAAAAUUA